AUGGACGCCCAGGACAUUGUCUCCAACAUUGCCUUCACCACGUCGGGGUCAUUGGUGGACUGCGUCGAUAAAAAGAUGAUGGUGGUCCUAAGAGACGGCAAGAAGCUCAUCGGCGUCCUCAGAUCGUACGAUCAGUUUGCCAACCUGGUGCUGCAAGAUACCGUCGAGCGUGUCUAUGUGGGCAACCGGUACGGCGACAUCGCCAGGGGUGUCUUCCUGGUGCGAGGAGAGAAUGUGGUGCUUCUGGGCGAGAUCGACCUCGACGCCGAGGACGAGAUCCCGCCAUCGAUUGCUGCACCGCUACCGCCGUCUGCGCUCCCGCAGCUGUUGGCGGCGAGGGAGGCCGAGUCAGAAUCCAAGGCCAAGAGCGAGGCGAGAAAGGCAGAGAUCCUCCACCGAGCGCACGGCUUCUGCGCCGACAAGAGCGGAGACGGCGACAUGUACUGA